AGUUCGAGUACCUCAUGAAGAAGCGUUCGGUGACCAUCGGGCGCAACUCGUCGCAGGGCUCGGUAGACGUGAGCAUGGGCCACUCGAGCUUCAUCUCGCGGCGCCACCUGGAGAUCUUCACGCCCCCGGGCGGCGGCCAUAGCGCGGCCGCCCCGGAACCCGCGCAGCCCCGGCCGGACGCGGGCGGCGACUUCUACCUGCGCUGUCUCGGCAAGAACGGCGUGUUCGUGGACGGGGUGUUCCAGCGGCGCGGGGCGCCGCCGCUGCAGCUGCCGCGCGUGUGCACUUUCAGGUUUCCGAGCACAAACAUCAAGAUAACUUUCACAGCCCUAUCCAGUGAGAAAAGAGAGAAGCAGGAAGCGCCUGAGUCGCCAGUCAAGCCUGUGCAGCCACACAUCUCACCGCUGACCAUCAACAUUCCAGACACCAUGGCCCACCUCAUCAGCCCUCUCCCCUCCCCCACAGGAACUAUCAGUGCUGCAAACUCCUGCCCAUCUAGUCCCCGGGGAGCAGGGUCUUCAGGGUACAAAAUGGGCCGUGUGAUACCAUCUGACCUCAGUUUAAUGGCUGACAAUUCACAGCCAGAAAAUGAAAAGGAAGCUUCGGGUGGAGACAGCCCAAAGGAUGACUCAAAGCCCCCUUACUCCUAUGCACAGUUGAUAGUCCAAGCAAUUACAGUGGCUCCUGAUAAACAACUCACCCUGAACGGGAUCUAUACGCACAUCACUAAGAACUACCCCUACUACAGGACGGCAGACAAGGGCUGGCAGAAUUCAAUUCGCCACAAUCUCUCUCUGAACCGUUAUUUCAUCAAAGUGCCACGUUCCCAGGAAGAACCAGGCAAAGGCUCCUUCUGGAGGAUAGACCCCGCCUCCGAGAGCAAGCUGGUAGAGCAGGCUUUUAGGAAGAGACGGCCUAGGGGAGUGCCUUGCUUUAGAACCCCCCUGGGACCGCUCUCCUCUAGGAGUGCCCCAGCUUCUCCCAACCAUGCAGGAGUGCUGUCUGCUCACUCCAGUGGCGCCCAGACCCCCGAGAGCCUGUCGAGGGAAGGCUCCCCAGCCCCCUUGGAGCCUGAGCCUGGCGCCUCACAGCCCAAACUUGCCGUCAUCCAGGAGGCGCGGUUUGCCCAGAGUGCACCAGGGUCACCUCUCUCCAGUCAGCCCGUCUUGAUUACUGUCCAGCGGCAGCUACCCCCGGCCAUUAAGCCUGUCACCUACACUGUUGCAGCCCCUGUGACCACGUCCACCUCCCAGCCACCUGUUGUGCAGACGGUCCAUGUUGUCCAUCAGAUACCAGCAGUAUCCGUCACUAGCGUGGCUGGCCUGGCUCCAGCAAACACAUACACAGUCGCUGGGCAAGCUGUGGUCACUCAGGCUGCAGUGCUAGCUCCUCCUAAGGCAGAACCACAAGAGAAUGGCGACCACAGAGAAGUGAAAGUGAAAGUAGAGCCUGUCCCUGCAAUCAGCCCAGCUGCACUAGGCGCUGCUAGCCGGAUCAUCCAGACAUCACAGGGCACCCCUGUUCAGACGGUGACCUUAGUGCAGCAGGCGCCUCUGGGUCAGCACCAGCUUCCCAUAAAGACUGUAACACAAAACGGAACUCAUGUGGUACCAAUGCCUACAGCAGUGCACAGCCCGGUGAACAGUGUGGCGAGCCCUCUCCACAUGUUGGCCACCCAUGCAUCAGCGUCAGCAUCCCUGCCUACCAAGCGCCAGAACGGUGACCAGGCAGAGCAGCCAGAGCGCAAGCGCAUUAAAGCGGAAGAUGGUGAGAGCAUCGUCAUUGCUCUGAGCGUGGAUGCACCGCCAGCGGCUGUGAGAGAAAAGGGGAUCCAGAACUAGCUGCUGGGAGAGCUUUUCUUCAGACAUCAACUUUGUGGUGCCAAAAGGAGAUGCUGCCUCUGACUGAAGCAGGGAGCACGUCCUCAGUGGGUAAAGGGCCCUGCGGUUGGACUUCGCCUCUCAGCACUGAAAACGUGAACCCAGGUGGCCUUAAAACUCCUUAAUUUAAAGACAUUACACUUGAACAGACCCACAGCAGCAACCCUGCUUCCGGAGGUGAUGUCUCCUACAGAGCACUGGCUGGGCUGCCGUCUGCGGGCUCCAGCUUUUACUACAAGCAAGAACUCCAGGUCCCGAAGGACUGGGCAUCCUAUGAGGAUGCGGCGCCUGCUGCAAGUGGAUGUCACUGGCUGUCCUUUAGGGUUCAGAGCCACAGCCACCUGCUGCCCUCAUAGGACCUGCUGGCUGUGGCUGAGAGACAAGACAGUGUUUUGUUGUCCACAUGUGGAAUUAGAAUACUUGGGGGUGUCCUUUCUUUGCUAAAUAAUGGGGUCUUUGACAUUUCAUAUCACUCCAUUUCUGCUCUGGAAAUUUGAGGUUCAUCUGGGGGGAAGAGCGUCAUUUUGUUUGUUUCUGUGGUUUGUUUUCAGCCCACGGGAAGGUUUGCUCUAGUCUGUCCUGCCUGUGUUUGGGUGGCACUCCCUUAGGACACCUACUUGCCCAUUUCUGUUUAGAGCAGUUACCUGAUGAAUUUACCCUGUGCCACUGUAGAGAACGGUGGGCUGAGGCUGCAUGGACCCAUGAGGCCUGGGGCCUUCCAGCCUCCGGGCUGCACGUGCCUGCUCUUACUUGCGGGUUUGUUGUCUGUUUCUUUAUGUCGACUUUGUUCUUGGCGUAAUUUUCCACUCUAGUAAACAAGUCUCCUACAUUGUGUAUGCUUAAAGCAACAGACCCUUCCUCCCUCUGUGGGAAAUAGGUCCAGGCUUUUGUCACACGUUUUCAGACCAAGGUCAUAGAUCUCUGCAGAACCUCAGGAGUCUUAGCUCAGCUCUGGCUUCUGACUGCAUGGCUCACUCAUGGCAGGAGCCGUUAGAGAGGUGUUGCCAGUUAACUUGAGGGUUGUGGAAGUAAACCUUGUGGCCAAGUAUCGAGCAUUCAGGCCGCUUUCUGAUUAUCUGAUUUCAGAGAUGUCUCAGGCUUUUUUAUCGAAGCCCCACACUAACCCUGAUUCAUGUCAUAUAGUAAGUAUAAUUAAGAGGGAAGGGUGAAGAGAGGUGGAGGCCAGCAGCCUGGCCCACACUCGGGAUCACCACUCACCUUUCCAGAACAUUCUGGACCUAGAGCUAAGCAGCAGGCAGAGGGUGAUAGCCUCAUUGUGAGUUUUUUCCCCCUAAUGUCAUCAUAUGGUUAUUUAUUUAAAUGUAGUUAUUUUGGUAUUUAAUUUUUUAAGGGGGGGAGGGACUGUAUUUUCCUGGUAGAAGGAAAUGGCUCAGAAUGGUAUAUCUCGGCAAUUUAAAGCAUUACUUCCAUAAAGACCAAAUAUGCUAAGUGUGCUCUAAGUGUGCUUCAGCCGCAGUAUGGAGCUGUCACGGUGUCGCUGCAGCUGAUGCGUGCUGGCAUUUCGCAGUUGCUGCACACCAGCUGGACGCCAGAACGCGGCCACUCAACGAUAAAGGUGAGACGCCAUGUGAGCGGGAGCGUGUGUGCCCACCGCAGUCUGCCGCCAUCAUUUUUGCAGGUAACCUUGGAGUGUGCAUUUCCUGAAGGUUUGCCGUUUGCAGAGUAAGUUAAAGUCCUUCAGCUCGUGCUGUGUCCACCAUGUGGGUCCAGAUUUUGGGCUUCAGUUAACGUGAUGCUCUGGUGGAGGCCACCCUAGUGGGGGUGGGCUCACACUCCACCAGCUGGGCAUGCUGUGUGUCUGGGGACAUCUGUGAGUAGCAGGUGACCAGGGCUUGGGUGAUGCCCCCUGUGAGUGAAGCCUGAGACUGGCACCUGAGCCCCGGACCGUAUGGGUCUGCAGGGGGUUCUUUUGGGGAUCAUAGGAAAAUUUAAGGUAGAGGAGGGUUUUUCUGUUUCCUUUAAGGCCACCUUGUCUGUCUCAAGUGGGUGAAGUGUGCCUGUGCAGCCACAGGCAUGCACUCGUUUCUCCUUGCUGCUGUAUCGGCCUUGCUGCUGCUUUGGUACAUAGGAAUGUAAAGCUGUCAAGGAGAGGGCAGAAGCUAAAGCUUAGCUUAACAGUACUGAACCCAGGUUCUCUUCCCAGUGUUCUGGCACUGCUUUAGUUUAUGUUCAUCUGAGUUCCCAGAAGGCUCUCCACACGCCAGAGCUGGGCUCCUGUGCUGUAGCCCUCACAGAUGUCUGAUGUGGGGACGUAGCACCUGGCAGCAGUUCCCAGGUCCGCUGGCACCUCAGUGUUGAAUGCUAUAGGAGUCUCUCUUUGACCUUUACCAAACCUCUGAGCUCCCUCAGGGACUAGAUGACUUCAGCAGCUUUGGCCUGAGCCGCACAGAACACACAGGGAAGCUCAGCUGUGUCCUGGGUACAGUGCACUCCAGAAUGUGGUGUGAUUUUGUAUGGACACUCCCACACUGCAGAGUGUGCGCGGACAGCAGCGGGUCUCCGUACAUGCCCCGCCCCACUUCCUUGUCCUCUGCUGGGGAGGGCGCUUCACAGAGUAGCUGUAGUUGAGAAGGGGUUGGGGAGCAUCAGGACUUGGGUUGUCUAUGCUGUGUGACACAAGGAGAGAAGUGACAAUCGUGAAGUCCAAGCACCUGCAGGUCUAGAGGAAGCAGAGUGCUGAUAUGUGUGCAAAGAUUUGGAAUUUUUAAAAAGUACCAAGUUCCUGAAAUUCAAUAAAAUAUUUUUAUUAAUUUUAAUUGAA